UCAAACAAAACCGCUUCAGCCCUUCUCCGCUAGGUUCGAGACCGUUCAACACCAAAGGCAAAAAGCCUUUGCACAAAUUAAGAUCAGACCAUUAUUCGUUCCUGACAAAGUCUAGAGCAGGGGCUCAAUCACCCAAGCAUGGUUGCCAACCAGCAGAUCGAUCCAUGUUUCAGAAUAUAAGAGAACAGGAUAGCUCUAAUUCCUAACUUAUUUCAGAAUGAUUUGCUGGCUACAUCACUGACCAUUCAGCCACAAGCAUCUAAAAUAUCCCCUAUCAAUCAUCAAAAGCGAAUAAAUAGGACAAAACUCCGAACGGACCUCAAAAAAUGACAACCAAGAAAAUUACCACUAUAACCCCUUCUGAAGUAUCUCAGCACCCCAAAAUCCCACCUAAUUUCUCAAAGAAGGUCAAAAGACCUCAGAUAAUGUUCUCAGGAGACUUCAAUAGCGCUAUGAUUCCUGAACUUCCAAUCGUAUCUGUUAAACAUAAGGCAACAAUCUCCCCUGGAUUUCAGAAGGCAAGAGUUUUAAAAAAUUCUAAAGACUCAGAUAAAUUUGCAAUUACUGAGUUAAAUAAAAGCUGAGCACAAAAAGAAAUCUCCCAGCUUAAGAAGUUAAAUAAAAAGCUAGUUGAUGAGAAAUGAAGACUUGAAGAGGAACUCCUAAUGUUAAGACAGAAAGAGACUGUACAAAGCAUGCUGCUCCAAAUUAAUCCCAAAAUAAAUAGCUCUAAAGAUUCUGAAAUCCAACAUUCGUUGAAACAUUUCACACAUAAAUUGAAAAGUAUAAAGGAUAUGGAGAUAAGUAUGAACAAAAUGAAGAAAUCCUUCACCAAUCAGAUCGAAGAAUUACAAGAGUCCUUAAGCUAUGCUUUACAGCAAACCUCCUUGAUCUCCCAAACCAAGGACCACUCAAUCUCAGACUUAGGCAAGAUCAUUGAAAAGACUAAAGCUAAGCGUCACGAUGAUAAAUAAGAAAAUUAAAUGGCUGAAGAAGAAAUUGGAUAAAUUAGAGAAAGAAUACGACAAACUUGCAGAUGUUCAUAACCAACUUAGGAAAGAUAAUCAAAACCUUCAGUCAAGACAUAAAAGUCUUGAGAAAACUCAUAAAUAAAGACUUGGACCUCAUCAAAGAUAUGAGCAAGAAAUUAUACAAAAUGGAAGCUGAAGGAGACCUUAUCAAUCUUAACCCAUAUGAUCUUCACAUGAAAAUUAGAUAUUAUGAGACCCAACUUGACCAGAAAGAUCAAGAGUCUAUAGCCAUGUUCAAAGAACUUAAGACAAUAAGGGGAUACCUCGAAGUACUAGGUAUAAGUGAGGAAGAGCUAGUGAAAUCUGCCAAAACAGGGUACCUGAAUCUAAACUCUUUCAAUGCUGAGAAUUUCAAUAUGAGUUAUGUAAAGAAGAAAAAUAACUCACAAUGAAAGAAACCUGAGAAGAUACGAAGAAACAAGUCAAGUCGUUUCAUUGAUUCUGAAAAAUCUAGCAAAAGUAUCUUCCGGCAUUCAAAAUCGAACUUCUGCGAAAACACUGAAGACUCUCAAACCAGAAUCAACUGCUCUGAGACCUCAUCAAUAACUGGAGAAGUCCCUCAAAAUACCCUUUCUAUUCCAAAAUUCCAAAUGGGGCUUCCUCAAUCCCGAUCCAGAAUCCAUGAUUUUGGACAAAGAUCGCCUACUUCAAACCUUGACCUACUAAAACACCUCGAAAAAGUCAGGGAGGCUAGCCACCCUGGCCAGUAUCCCAUGAACCCUAGGCUAUCAGUCCACUCAAGUUCUUCUAUAUCUUCAACAGAUUCAUUUACUUUUCCAUCAAGGAAGAGGAAUUAUGACAAGAAGUUGAAGACAACCCUCAUCCCAAAGCAUUUAAUUGAAUAAGCC